AUGGCUUCAAGUGUACGAAAAGCUGAGAGGAUUAUGGGUGCUACUAAUGCUGGUGGAGAACUGUACUAUUUUAUGAAGUGGGAAGAUAUUGAAUCUAUUGAAGUAGUUUCAGCCAAAGAGGUUGAUAUAAUGUACCCACAAAUAGUUAAAAACUUCUAUCAAGAAAAAGUCUUGUCUGACCAAAAAUCUACAAUGAACAAAAAUUAUGAAGAAAUUAUGGCUGUCUAUAAUUGUGGUGGAAAAUUAACAUAUUUAAUGAAGUUUGAAGGAAUGGACGUUGUUGAAUGCGUCCCAGCUCAAGCGGCUAAUUUAAUGUGCCCACAAAUUGUUAUCAAGUUCUAUGAAGAAAGAAUCUCACAUGGCCCUGUUCAGAUAAAUAGUGGGGAUGAGAACGACGAGUGA